UGUAAAUCAACGGUGUGACCAUGUCCGAAACUGCGCCCGCUGUUGCAGUGACAGCAGCUGCUGCUGCAGCUCCUGUUCCAGCUUCAAAGGCUCCAGCAAAAAAGCCGAAGAAGGCGGCUGGAGGAGCUAAAGCCCGGAAGGCCGCAGGUCCCAGCGUGACCGAGCUGAUCACCAAGGCGGUGUCCGCUUCCAAGGAGCGCAAAGGGGUCUCUCUGGCCGCUCUUAAGAAGUCUCUGGCCGCCGGAGGGUACGAUGUGGAGAAGAACAACAGCCGCAUCAAGCUGGGGCUCAAGAGUCUGGUAAACAAGGGCACUUUAGUUCAUACUAAGGGCAUCGGUGCCUCGGGCUCCUUUAAGCUCAGCAAAAAGCCUGGUGAGACCAAGGAAAAGGUACCUAAGAAAAAGCCAGCGGCAAAGCCUAAGAAACCAGCUGCCAAGAAGCCCGCCAGCGCCGCAAAGAAACCCAAAAAGGCUGCGGCCGUGAAAAAGAGCCCGAAAAAAGCCAAGAAACCAGCUGCAGCGGCCAAAAAAACUGCCAAGAGUCCGAAAAAGGUGAAAGCCGCCAAGCCUAAGAAGGCCGCUAAGAGCCCGGCUAAGGCCAAAGCGGUGAAGCCCAAGGCUGUCAAGCCCAAGCCGACGAAACCCAAAACAGUGAAGGCUAAGAGGGCCGCGCCUAAGAAGAAGUGAAAUGACGUGAGAUACUUACUAUAAAAAACCCAACGGCUCUUUUAAGAGCCACCCAUCCUUUCCCAAACAGAGCUGAAACACUAGAUUCACUUAUUAAUGUCAUGGUGCCUUUUCAACGAAAAGCAGCAUUCGACUAGCCACAAGAACCACAGUAAAGGGGGUGGGGGGGGCAAAUAAAAUUUAUGUUUGUGCAUCAUUAGGAAGGAACAUGAAACAGCCCCUGGAGACGGUCGUUCCUUAUAUUAUAUCCUACUGUAAUUUUACCACCCCUGCUAUAAAUCAACAAGGAAGGGGGGAUUUUAAAUCUAUGCUGUUAUAUAUAUUUUUUGAAAGAAUAAAGAAAAUGACUUGGAACUUGGAAGAUGCAAUUAGAA